AUGUCGGAGUGGGUGUCCUACUACCGGAGCGAGGGGCCGGAGGAGCAGGAGGAGGAGGAGGAGCAGCAGGAGGAGGCGGCUGAGGCGGUCGCGAACUACAGGUUCUCAGGUCGGGACAGCCUCAUUUUCUUAGUCGAUGCCUCCCAGGCCAUGUUUGAAUCCGAUGGGGACGGAGUGACUCCCUUCGACAUGACCAUCCAGUGUAUCCGGAAUGUAUAUACCAGCAAAAUUAUUAGUAGUGACAGGGACCUAUUAAGUGUCGUGUUCUAUGGUACAGAAAAGAACAAGAACUCAGCAGAUUUCAAGCACAUCUAUGUUCUUCAGGAGCUGGACAAUCCAGGUGCAAAGCGUGUUCUAGAGCUGGACCGCUACAAGGGAGAUGAAGGACGAGUGCUUUUCCAUGAGACCUUUGGCCACAAUGCUGAUUAUUCACUGGGUGAAGCACUCUGGGCCUGCUCUAAUCUCUUCAGUGAUGUCCAAGUCAGACUGAGCCACAAAAGGAUCAUGCUCUUCACCAAUGAGGAUGACCCUCAUGCGAAUGACAGUGCUAAAGCCAAGCUGGCCAGGACCAGAGCUGGUGAUCUGAGAGACACAGGUAUCAUACUGGACUUGAUGCACUUGAAGAAGCCUGGAGGGUUUGAUAUGUCUUUGUUCUACAGAGAUAUCAUAAAUAUAGCAGAGGAUGAGGACCUUGGGAUCCAACCUGAGGAGUCAGAGAAACUGGAACAUCUCAUGAAGAAAGUGCGAGCAAAGGAGACAAAGAAACGGGCUUUAGUCAGGUUAAAUCUGUAUCUGAACAAAGAUCUGUCACUUUCUGUUGGUGUUUACAACCUUGUUCAAAAAGCUUAUAAGCCGUACCCAGUGAAGCUUUAUCGGGGAACUAAUGAACCGGUUAAAAUAAAAACAAGGAUGUUUAAUGGAAAAACAGGCAGCUUGCUCCUGCCUAGUGACACAAAAAGGGCUCAG